AUGGAUUCGCCGCCUCGCGUGCAGAUCUCGCUUGGGCGUCCGAUACAGGAGGGGGUGUCGUACGCUUUCGGCAUUGCGGUGCAGAAUCCGACCGAUCAGAGCACGCAGGAGGAGCAACUUCUGUGGAUGGUCAGGACUCGAGACAGUAGUGAUCUGGUAGUGGAGGAAAGUACAGGAGGUGCCGCAUGGCUUGAUCCUUCUGCACGUGGCAGCCCAGGCAACAUGUGGGGUCUUUCCUCUGCAGCUUUGAAUCUUCCAACCCUCCGAUUCGGAGAGCUGCUACCUUUUUACGUCACGCUAAACACGGCUUAUGUCACAGUUCUUCCCAUCCAAGUUUCGUUUGACCUGUCAAUUCCCAUGCGGCUGACGGCUCCACUGGGGUGGAUAUGGGAACCUGCAGUUGUGGCAAGUGGCUUCUGGCAGGACUCACCCUUUGGCACGACAGCUGCCUUGCCUGGCCGUGCUGUGCCAACUGUGUCUGACAAUAUCUUCCUUUCUUGGGAAGCGCCACUGGCCUUUGUGAGCGGCGAGAUUUAUGGCUUCCGUGCGCCUCUUCGAGUGCCUAGAUGGCCCACUACAGGAGCCGACUUCCUUCUGGAGCUAGGCAACUGGACUGGGUCCACUGCUGCCGGGCAGCGGCCACUGGGAGUUUUGCUUCCGGGGCCUCAGCUGAGUGCAGUGCGAGGCGCGUGGGUAGACUACGUGACGGGACGAGUUGGAGAAAGACACGGCGUCAGAGCUCAGCUGACAAUAAGUACCCCUCUUUUUGCAGGAGGAGGUUUCAUCUUCGAGGGUGGCCUGGCAACAAGGCGCUUGGAAUGCAGCUGCCCUGGCACAACAGAUGGCUACACUUGCUCUGUUCAGAGCCUGUUCUCGGGCGAACUCCUCCUUCGCAUUGUGUCCACGAGGGCGCUGCUUGCCGGCACCUACUCGUUCCUCUUCUACUGCACCAAUCCCCCAAAUGCUGUUGCUGCAGGUUCUUGGAAGUUCGGCACCUAUCAGGAUCCGGAAAACUAUCCACUUGCCACCGAGGCUGACACACCAUCCACAGUCCCGGGAUUCGCCAUCCAGGAGCCUCUGCAGCUUUUUCAGCGCCUCCCGGCCGAGAUCACCUGGUCCUUUGAUCCUCGCCCAUUGAGGCACUGCUUGGGAUGA